GUGGACAGCUCCCGUCUGAAGAGCAGAGUAACGUAGGAGGAGGAGAGGGCUGGAUAUGGGGGAGCCACCGCACAGGCCCGUACGAUCGAGAUAAAAACCGCUUUUUUUAUGUACACACGCCGGGGAAAAUACACAAAGACACGGAGCUGGAGAGGUCUGAGGAGGACGGGGGAACAACCGCGGAAGUGAAGAAGAAGGGGGGAUACGGCUACUGACCCAUCCCGGAGCAUCAGGGGAGAAGCAGCACAGAGAAAGGAGGAGAAGGAGACAUAAUUCCGCUCGACCUGAUGGACUGAGAGGACAGAUGAAUGAAGACUGCCUACACUAACGCUUAUAGAUGCCUGGCCAAGGAUCUGGACGCUUAUGCCAUGAACACGGACAUGACAAUGGACAGCAUCGGCAGCCUGCAUGGCGGGGUGGCGGUGAGCUCCGUGGCCCCUGAUGCGGAGCUGAUGAGCGGCCACAGCCCGCACCACGGCCGCGGAAGCUCUUCGGUAGCGGCGGCGGCCACCCUGCGGAUACACCAGGACUUGGCCGCCGCCGCCGCGUCAUCCCGCUCGGCCAUGGUGUCCGGCAUGGCCACGAUACUGGACGGCAGCGGGGAGUACCGGCCGGAGCUGUCCCUACCGCUGCACCACGCCAUGAGCGUGCCCUGCGACACGUCCUCUCCCGGGAUGGGGAUGAGCGGCACAUAUACCACCUUAACCCCGCUGCAGUCGCUGCCCCCCAUCUCCACCGUGUCCGAUAAGUUCCACCAUCAUCACCAUCACCAUCACCACCAGCGGCUGUCCGGGAACGUGAGCGGGAGCUUCACCCUGAUGCGGGACGAGCGGGGGCUACCGGGCAUGAACAACCUCUACAGCCCCUACCACAAGGACCACAUGUCCGGGAUGGGUCAGAGUCUGUCCCCGGUGCUGGGUAACGGCUUGGGCUCCAUACACAACACCCAGCAGGGUCUCCACAAUUACGGCACCACGACGCACGGAGGUCAUGACAAGAUGCUGAACUUCGACGCGCACCACACCGCCUCCAUGCUGGCCAGAGGGGACCACCACCAGCACCGAGGCCUCGGUGGUCCGGCGGCCGGGAUGAUGCCGCACCUAAACGGAAUGCACCACCCGGGGCACCCGGCCGUGUCCUCGGCGGGUCACCACCCGCACCCCCACCCCCACCUCCAGUCUCCAUCCCACGGGCCCGUGUUGGCUUCCACCAGGGAAAGACCGCCCUCCUCCUCGGGGACGCAUGGGAUGAACAGCUCGGGGCAGCUGGAGGAAAUCAACACCAAGGAGGUUGCGCAGAGGAUCACGGCGGAGCUGAAGAGGUACAGCAUCCCCCAGGCCAUCUUUGCCCAGAGGGUGCUGUGCCGCUCCCAAGGGACCCUGUCGGACCUCCUGAGGAACCCCAAACCCUGGAGUAAACUAAAGUCAGGUCGGGAGACCUUCAGGAGGAUGUGGAAGUGGCUGCAGGAGCCGGAGUUUCAGAGGAUGUCGGCCCUCAGACUGGCAGGUGGAAGUACCUCCAGUUACUCAGAGCUACCAGAGCAUCAUGAUGAUCAACACAAGUCCAGUCAGAGCUCUGAGGAAAUGCCAGCGUGCAAACGGAAGGAGCAGGACACAGCGAAGGAGCGCAACAGCACACCAAAGAAGUCGCGGCUGGUCUUCACUGACCUGCAGCGGCGCACCCUGCUGGCCAUCUUCAAGGAGAACAAGCGACCGUCCAAGGAGAUGCAGCUCACCAUCUCGCAGCAGCUGGGCCUUGAACUCACCACCGUCAGCAACUUCUUCAUGAACGCCCGCCGCCGGAGCCUGGACAAAUGGACAGAUGACGGAGCCAGUCCCGGCGGCCAAUCGUCGGCGUCCAGCACUUGUACCAAAGCGUGAUAAUAGACGGCGAGGAGAGGGAGAGGCAACCAGGAAGGUUCUUGGGUGGGGCAGGUCGAUGGAGGGGUGGGUUGAGGUUUCGUCCGGUCGAAGCCAGGAGGAAAACCAAGCUUUUUACCUUUUUGUUUUUUUUGUUUGUCUGUUUUGCUUUUGUCGAAGGCGACAAACUGAGAGAGGGGCUGCUCACUGUGACGACUUAUUUGUAGCCUAACCGCCUUUAGCAAAUUCAUUGUAAAUCCAUAAAGAAGCUGAAGGGUAAACUCACUUAUAAAACAUAGAAUCCUCACUGGGAAAAAAAACAACUUAUAAAUCAUAGACCUUCACUGCUGAUGUCUCCUGGAGGACAACAUGCUUUCCCAAAUACCAAAGACAAGAAGACAAUGUAUGUUUUCUAUUAUGCAAUAUAAGCUAGGAACCAACAAACCAAACAAGAAGCCAAUGAAAGCUUUAUGACUGCAGAAUGUGCUAGAAGCUCUGGGAUGAGAUAAACAAAUUUCUGAGGGAAACGUUAUGGUCUUUUGACCCACAAAAUGUCCAACAAUGGCAAUGACGCAUCUGUUUGGGGCAGAGUCGACGACUCCCAUUCAGAUUCAGGUUUCAGAGAUUGCACAGCCAAAUUUAGGAAGCGGUCAUUGCUGAAUUGUGAUUUCAAACUAAAGGAGGUCAGUUUGUGCAGCUGAGGGUGAAGUUGGACUAUACCUUAAAUAUGUAUUUUGUGAUCAAAAAAGAAACCAUGCGAUGAUUGCAUGUCAAAGUUCAUUCAUGAACUUGGAAAUGGUAAUUUGACAAAAUAAUCUUAGGAUAAGGCCAACAUACUAGCUUGGACAGAGUGUGCACAGUAUGCUUAUGGGAAAAGCUAGUGGACCUCGUGUUAAGAUUAUUUCAUCAAACGUUUUGCCCAAGAAACUGGUCAGUUUAUAUAUCUGUUGACUAAUGGCUGGGUGAUGGAGAAAUCAGUCCAACAACUGUGGUAAUUUGGCUGUACAGUCUCUGAUUUUAACCUUCAGGUUCACAGAGAGUAACAGAAAACCAAAGUCUGAUCAGAAUUGAACAGUUGGUUUCCAAAAUGUUCUAUAUCCAUUUUAAAAAAGAAACAUGUACCUGAAGUUGAUCUCUGGAAUAUACGAUCCAGGUUGUACAUGGAUUAUUAUUUUCUUAUAAAUAACCUAUUCAGCUUUCUUUUACAGAGCAACAUGUAACGAUUUGACUCUUUAAAGGGGGGCAGUGAGGAUUCUGGAAGUUAGGAAAUGCAAAAUAUGCAAGCACAAAUACACAUGGAUACACAAACAUUCACCAAGGCACACGCAGCUUUACCCAUAAUUUGAGCUAACAUGUAGAGUUACAAGCUUUCUCAGCAUACUUAGAGUAGUUCAGUGAAGUAUUAGUGUAUUAUAGAUGAAUAUAUACAACUUAUGUGAGCACAAUCUUGAAGCACAUUUUCUUUGCAAUAGAACCGGGGCUCUCUGCCAAGCCGAGUGGUCUUCACAUCUUAGAAAACUCAGGAUACCAUUUUUUCUAAACAGUGGCUGACAUCCAAUCGGCAUCUGUCAUUACACACUGUAAUGUACAAAUGCACACACAAACACACACACACACACACACACAAGCAAAUACACCUGCUUUAUAGAAACACACACACACAACUUUAAAGAGUCAUUUUUACCGAACGUUCCCCAGAAUUCCUGCCCCAACCGAAAUAUUGUCAGCUGAACCAAAGCUAAGCUCCAGUUUACCCUGGCUUCACUCACCCAUCACUUGUGUUACCAUGGUAACUGAUCCAUUAGGGCAGCGGUUUCCACCAAGCAUCUUAGCAUUAGCAUAGUCUUUGUUUUCAAUCAGAACAAAGACGCUUUUAACCCUGAUGAAAACUGGUGCUGUUCGAUGAUGAGAGCUGUAACUGAAACUAAAAGUUGUUUUGAGAUUUGAAGGCAUCGUUUUUUAUGCACAAACUCAGUAACAUCUCUCUUUCAGAGACAAAAUGCCAAAUCCACAAGCCUGGAACACACAAAACACACAAAAAAAAUUCUUUAUCUGCUGUGACUUCUCCCUGUUUAGAUGGGUAUAAAAAACUGAAAAGAAACAUGUGGAAAGUCUCUGAAAAUUAAAUUUGUUUGGACACAACAACCACAGCAGAGAGAAUGUCAACAAUACAUAACAAAGACAUAAAAAAUAACAGAAAGUUAAACACAACGUUUAAUCAAGAGUGCUGGGUUUCAAGACCUCCUGGCCUUCAAUAAAUCAGCAGAAGCCACAAAAUGUGGUUACACAUAUUGAUUUCUUGAGUCAUUUCUAUCAAAGAUUUGUGAAAUGAGCAUGCAAAGCACAAAACAAGAGGUAGUUUGACACUUAAGGCCUCGGUAUGCUUCAAACGUGUCCCCUAACCAUGUUUAUACGUUUACCAAAAUUGUCGGACGCAGCGCAAAAUCUUCCUGUGUCCGUGUCCAGAGUUUGCGCUUAUUUCACAAAUCUUUGACUGUGUUCGUUUAGCAUUGCUGAAUAGGUGCUUGGUUGAAACUUGCUCAGAGCCUUACAAACUAGAUUUUACUUGUUGGUGUAAAUCCAUCUGUAGAACUAAGGUGACUUCAGGAAGCAUCCUGCUGCCAGCGCAGAUACCACAAAAAACAAACAAACCACAAACCACAUCCAGUGACAUACACCACAGCAGAACCAGUGAACCGUCUGAACCCGUGGAGGACGAACUGUCCAGGCAGAUCAGGGCCUUUGUAAUAGUUAAAGAGGACAAUCUAAAGACGAUGCCUGGCAGGUCCGUCUCUUCUAGAGGGUCAACGGGCCAGAAAACAGUUUGCGCUGCAAACAAAUAAGUUUUGUAAAGUCAUUUAUUAAGACUUUUGUGUUCAUUCAUCAAAAUGAGAAAAUUGUAAAUGAACUCCUUGUUGAUUGUGGAGAAAUGUACCACCCAACAGUUGGAAAAAAUCUGAUUUUGGUGACAAAACUCAAGAUACAAUUUGUUUGCAGCACAGGAGAGUUGGAUGCUUGGUAAAAAACAACAGCAGACAGACAGAUGAACUGAAACACAGCCUGCCUGUCUCUCUGACUGUCUUUUCUUCACCAAGCAUCCAUCCCUACCAAAUCCCAAAACACCCAUUGCUUUUAGUUUGACACCGUCACACUGUACAGCUUCUACACAUGAUGUAAAUACUAACACACCCAAAAAAACCUCAACCGCCACCACCUCCUGCUCUGUUUUAACAGCCUUUACCAUCCCCAAUCACCUCAUCAAUCAUCUCUCACUCAAGCUAUCAAACCAAAAAAUAGAAACAAAACCAAAGGAAAGGCGUCAGUCAGCAGCCCCUGCUCCUUCGAAACCCCAGGCUGAGUCCCGGCCUGUUUCGAAGCAAGCCAAAGGCUUUAAGAACGAUUUAAAACAAAAAAUGGACACUUGAGACUUUUUCUAUUUAUUGACAAAUCGAAACCAAAGAAAACCUUUUUCUGCACCUAACUGUUCCGACAAAUGGAAAAAAAUAACUGAAGAUGGAAGAGAAUUAUUACCAAAAAAAAAAAACAACAAAAAAAACAAAAAAGAGUGGUGGCGACGAUGUCGAGGAUGAAGGAUGAAGGAUGACGACGACGAAGAGAAGGAGGGAGGAUAGAAGGAAGGAUGACAUCAUGGGAGAAGUAGCUUUAUUCUGCCUGAUAUUGUGUCAGGCCAUCUUUAAGGGAAGCAAGUUGGGGACUGAAAAGGGUAAAACCACACGGGAAGGAAGGGAAGGAACCUACAGAGGAUGCUGUCGACCGUUUUCUUCCCUCCUAUCCCCCCAAAAAGGCAGAACAUUAAUGUGUCUCUCACGGUUGAAGAGUGUCUUUAACGUGUGCCUAUGCAGUUUUUCAAAGUAAAAAAAGGUUAAACGAACAACAGAAACCUCAUCAGCUAACAAACCAAAGAUUCACCGUUAAGUCCAGUAGCAGUCCUCCUCCCCCCAAAAAGGAAAAUCUCAACUUUUGCUUAAACAGCACGUACACACCUUUGGCACAAUGUGCAUCCACGCUGGGAGCAGUGUGCUGUGGGAAGAAUUGUUAUUCUACUUCUGUUGUAUGCAAACCUUUCUGGUUUAGCAUGUAGGAUAAUCAAGCUAGUGUCAUUUUCCUCGUCCUUCAACCCUUAUUAAAACUGACAAACUUAAGACAGGAUGUUGCAUCACAAGUUCUUUCAGGAUAGCCAGUAUUCUGCUUGUAAGCUAGCGAAUAUCUAGCUUAAUUUACCCACAAACCAUUAUUAUGUCUCACAAAGCUAAAAUGUGUAGAUCUGGUAUUUUGACUGGUCAUUCCUCCAGCAUGGCAUUAACACAUUCAGCCAUCACAAACUUUUACCAUGGCCACAUGUUAGGAAGAACUUGUGAAAGAGAAAAAAAACAUUUGAAAGUUUACCAGAUGGCUGCUACUGCUGUUUGCGUUUAAUUUUUCCUCCUGCCGCAAGUCAUUACCUGCUCCACAUGACAAAGUCUACCUCCAACAAUCUCCAGCAGUAGUAAGAAAAGCUGCCAGACAACAGUACAGGGAUGUUUUAUCCCCCCCCCCCCCCGUCCUUAUGGUUUGACACAUUUGAGCCGGAAGCAGCUUGGUGCGUCAGCAUCCAGAAACAACAUCGACAAGCUGUUGACGCUUACUCAAAUGCUUCCAUAUACCAUUUUCGCUUCCACCCGAUCUGGGGAUUCAAACAAACCACUUUUUCAUGUUAAGCUGGCUGUUGUCCGGCGCACUUGCUACUGCAGAGAGAGUGACAAUUUAAUGCUAUGUGAAACGUACAGUACAUACCAAAGAUUUUCUGCUGUACGAACAGUAGCACUCCGACACCUUUUCUUUUCUCCACACCCAUUUAAGAGUCUAGAACAAAUCCUGGAUCUGUGAUCUAGAUCAAUCAAUUUCACUUACAUUAAGUUAUUCAGUGUUGUUUAAAUCACAGUCUCUGAGUUUUUACUUUUCAACCCAAACCCAGUAGAAACCAGCUGAACCAGACAGACUUAGGUUGUUUUGAGAAGGAUUUGGACAUUUAAUCUAUAAAUAAAAACACUAACAGAGAAAGAAAUUCACUGAAAAACAUAAUCCAUUCUGAACACUGCAGAGGAGUAUAAAAAAGAAAACAUGCUUCCUCACUUUUCUUGUUUGAAAUACGUGCAAGACUUAUAUACUUAAGAAGUAAUAUUACUUCGAAAACAAGAAACUAAAAUCAUAGAUGUGGUACCAGACCAGGAAACUCAUGUACUGGGGACAAUCUGGGCAACAAAGAGUUUGAGUUUUGACUACAAAACAAACAAAAAUAAAGCACUGCUGGCUUGGGUGGAAAAGUUUAGAAAGGUGGCAACUUUUGUUUUAGCCCACAUUGCCAUGCUGGAGGAGGAGUCUUACAGAGCGUGAUGCUUGGACAUGCUUCUGUAACUGUCCAUAGCUAACAAAUCCCAUGUUAGCUUGUUCUUUAGGGGGGAGGAACUGUGCUGCUGCUCCAUAUUAACAACAACAAUAAAUGAAACAAAACCAAAAAAACACUACAUCCGCUGAGAGAAACUGCUAAAAUAUCGGUCAAAUAGCUUUAUCCUCAGUUUUCUCUCUCUCUUUCUGUAUGUAAAGCUUCUAGUCCAAAGAAAUCUUCCGCCCACCUGACCCUCCCGUUCUGCUGACCAUGCCCAAAGGAGGGGCGUGGUUUUUGGCUCAGGGGGUGGCGGCCAUUUUCCAUUCCCACUUGCAGUUCUGUCUGGAUGUAACACAGGCUAAACCUGCCAAACCAAAAAAAAUGGGUAUGAAACUGUCCCAAAGAGGUUUUCAUAGCUUGUUUGUUUUUAAGUACUUAAAAAUUAUUUGCCAAUACUUAUGUGUCUACUAUUACUACUAUGUUCCUUCCUAGGUUUUUGCAAUAUGUGAUUUUUUUUUUAUUUAAUGUAAUUUAUGUUUUCUUUUUAAUUGUGAAUUAAUUUAAGCGAACAAAUUUUGUUGCCAAAUCUCCCUCUGAACCCUUUUACCCUUGAUGAUGAUUAGCUUUGCCAAAGUUUACAUUGUAUGUUCCCUUUUCUUUCUGUUCAAUGCUGUAUUUAUUUAUGAGGUGUUUUAGAACACACUAGUUUUGUACUUAACAAUAAUUUAAUCUUAUUUAAUUAGAUGUAAUUGUUUUUUGAUGAAUAUUUAUGAAUAUUUAAGAAUGUUAGUUGCAUCAAAGAUGCAGUGCUUAUGCCAGGUCAGUUAAUUUAUUCUUAGUUAGCUUUACUUUAAAAAGCAGUGAUAUUGUUUUAUGAAUGUUUAGACUUAAUGACAGAACAAUGUAGGAAUGUCAGAUUAGACUUGCGUACUUCUGAAUGUCAACACUCGCUCUCACUCUUUAGCCAAUCUAGUUUUUUGUCCUGGUAAUGAUUUUUCUUUUUCAAAAAUGAAAACAAUCUCUUUAUUACAAACAAUAGCCUACCAAAUGAUGAGCACUGCAUCUGUUUUUCUUUUCCGCCUUGUGAUCUUUAUGGCUAAUUUAUUGGUUGUUUUGUUUUUAAUUUGUUUGCAUCCUACUGACCAUUGUUGAACAAGCAACGCAUUUCAGACUGAUGUUCUAGUGACAGGACCACACAUUGAUAUAAACUGACUCACCAAAGCUAACUGGAAUCCUUAGAGGCCAAUAAACUGUGUGUGUUUACAUCCGCACAGCCUGUACCCUGGUUAAGAUCUUAUUCAUACAUUUACUUUUAAGUACUAAUUAUAUACGUUCAAAAGCGCCGUUUUCUGCCGUAAAACCACAGAUCACUGCAUGUUAACCGAGCACUCUGGAGUUUGUUAGUGUUUUUUCUUCAGGGCAUUUUCUCGCACAUCAAUUCUUAGACAAGAUUAUUUGUUCAUCAUUUUAGAAUCAAACUAUUUGAGCUGCAUGUCCUGUGUCAAACACCUGCGUAACUAAAUUAAACAAUAUCAGAAAUGCUCUUUAUAUAGACUGUGGAAGUCUGAAGAGGAUAAAGGGUCAUUUUGAUUGUUUCAUGAUAAAGAAAAAAUGUAAACUUUUAUUUCGCAAUCACAACCCUAAGGAGCCUCUAAGAGGACAUGAGCAAAAACUGGUGCACACAAGAAACCUUGAAGAGUAACUUAACACUUAGAUUAAAUAUACUGUCACUUUAUUACACUUUCUGUCGAUCAUGGUCUCAUUAUAUUAUAUUCUUCUUAUGGCCUUCAUUGCAACAGAAGUUAUUUUCCUUUGUCUAGAGAAAAUCUAGUAAUUCCCCUCAGGGUGUGUGUCAUGGUUCAAAUGCAUUUUUUGCAUUUGUGAAGGUGGCAAGUUCAAGCUAAAAAGCUAAUUAAGUUGCUCUUAAGUUUCUGGCGUGCAAUUCCAUCUGCUCCAGUUUCUGAUGUACACUUGUCCAACCCAACAAGCUGUUAAAAAUAUUUUGAUGAUCACCAAAUAAUUAUGUUGCGAUCAAAACAAAACAUGUUCUUAAAAAUGUCCUCUUCAAUAUUGCUUAAAAACCCAGAGCUUUAGAGGAACAACAUAAAGCAUGACGUGGUAUUUAGUGCGAUUCCAUACGGCAGAGAAAAUCUGCUCAUUUCCAGCUUUUUCAGUGAUUCUCUGUUUCAGUAUAAGAGCUUUUCCAGGUUAUUGUAAACAGGAUGUGAACUCACACCACCUCUACAGUAAAAUACCUGAUGUGUUUCCCAUUUGUUACCAGAAUAUUUGUGUGUGACUACGUGAAUGCAAACACACCGACUUGUUUCACUCAUUAGGAAGGAAAACUGAGGAGUCCCUUAAAGCUAGCUGCUUCCAAGACUGACUUUGUGUGUAUGUAAAAAGAAAAAAAAAACUUUCUACUUCAAUAGUGAGAACCAGAGAGGCUACCUCACUGACUUUCCAUUUGUCCUUUUAAUCGUGUUGAUGAAACCAAAGAAACCAAAGAUUUGUGUCCUAUUCGGUACGGUCUGCGCUCAGCCCCAUGUUUUGUGCUCUCUUAGGAUGAUGCCACAUUUUGUCCUCUUUUCUCUCCCUUCCUCUUUCUCUCAUUUCCCUUUCUCUCUUGGCCUUGCAUUGUCUGUUCUCCUCAAAAAGAAUGAAAGAGUCAGGUGUAGAGUGGGAUUAGGUUGGAUGCUAGAUAUCAGGGAGUGUGAGCAGAAAUACACAAUUCUACAUUUUUAGGCCGCGAGUGUUAGAGCAGAGUAUGUUUUUUAUUUUAAAUUCAGUCAAACAAAAAGGCUGCUGGAGACAGAACCCCAAACUUAGAUGAAAAAACAUUCCAUUGUUAGCUAUAAAGACGAUCUGUAAAAUGGGUUUGUGACAGGUAAAUAAUGGUGAUGAUCAAAUAUGAGCCCAGUGGGGUCUGCUUUGUCAGUUGUUUUCCAUACUCUUCUGUGGCGGAAGAAGUAAUGUUUAAGGCUUCAGUAUGCUUCAAACAAACUUGAUAGCACAACAAAGGCAGAAGUGUUUAUACCUGUCCCUAAUGGCACCACUACAGCAAGAAAAGUCUGCUGUCAUCGAGGAUCAUAAUUCAGGAUCACAAUGCUGUUUUGCAGUAAAACAUAGAAGCUGCAGAUUCAUGAAGCCUCAAUGGUUGUAUGGCCCUGACACCAGAGAAAAAAGUACUCUGGGCUAUUUAUGCCCUUUUUCUACUUUACCCUAUCUUGCUAUCAGUAAAUAGAUGGCUGACUGUUACCAAGUUUGUGCUGCGUAGCAACGACAAUGCUCCAACACUGCUCUGAAUCUUUAAGCUCAAGGCUGAACUUUUCAGUUAGAGCAGUAGGAAGCCAAGAGAACUACUUAAGGUCCUGAAGUCAAAUUGAAAGAGCAGCUGUUAACGUUAUUGAGUCCCACCAGAAACUGCUGUUGCUAUGAAUCACUCUCCUGCUUUCUCAAAAACAACCCAAUGACCUAAAACGAAGGAUCUCACACAACCAGACAGGAACCACGUGGGUCAUUUUCUUAUGCACAGCAGUGCUUUUAGCUAAAUUCUAAUGUCAACAUGCUCACAGUGUCAAUGCUAAAAUGCUGAUGUUUACGUAAUGAAUACAACGUUAACCAUCUUCAUUUAGCAUGCUAACAUUUGUUAAUUAGCACCAAACACAAAGGACAGCUGAGGUUGUUAAAAACCAAUGUAUUGGACAAACAGAAAGUUUGACCCAAUGAUAGCACUACAUAAAAAGUCAGGGUUAGGGUUUGUUUCUUCAUUAAAACAGCCAUAAACAUGUAGAAUUAGAUGCCUGGGAUCUACACAUCCAGCUGUGCCAUUUUGCUUCCCUUCUUACAAGCAUUGGCUUAAAAAUCAAUCAGGGAAGCAGAAUGGCAACAAAUCCUUUGCUUCCUCUGGUUAGAGUCAAGGCUUGAGAUAACCUUGGAUGAGUGCCUUGCUUGGACCAAAGCGAAGUCUAGACCUCUCUGUUGAGCUGUGAACUUUCUAUUCCUGUGAAAAAUAAAUACCUCAGCGCUGCGGCUCAGCUCGAGCGCCUGAGUUUCCUUUCUGCUCUCUGGUACUUUGCAAUGCAAUCAACGGACAGAAAUCCAGAGUGUAUACCAAAGGCUCCUGUUUUGUUUGAUUCUUCUCUUUUACUAUCCCCUCUUUUCUUCCUUUCAUUCUGAGCUGGAUUUCCACCAGAAAGGCCUGUUUUUUCAGAUCUAGUCACAUUCCCACAGCUGUCCAACGGAGAAACCAAUUCAAAUCAGAUUUUCCUUGUGCUGAUACACAGAUCUAACUGAAAAGUGUAGAAUUCCAGAAAUUAAAUCAUUUGAAAAUAAUAUUGUUUGUAUGAAGCCUGUCUGAGCAGCAGAUGAGCAGGAAUCAACAAAUGAACUCUUUGGCUUUCCAUAAAUAUGGAAGGCCAAAUAGACAUAAAGACACCUAUGUUUCAUGAUUUCCCAUAAGUUGCUUGUAUUCUAAGCUACAAAAUAAUGAAUUAUCGACUUUGUGAUGAAUCCAAUCAGAUCAAAUCUUGUUAUGUUGACUCCUUGAUGGUUACAUGAUGCUGCCAAGCAAUCUUCUUGAGAUCAUGAAAUUCAUUAUAACAAGAAAACAAAGCCUGUUCUUCUAAGAUCUUGAAAUGAGCAAUUUUGUGAUCACAGUAUCAUCUUUAUCUGCACGACCAUUUAGACAAACACUAAGUAUUUAAUAUAAAUAAAUAUUAGUACCAGGCUUUGGUGGAAAUGCAGCUUGUUCUCUUUAAUGCAGUUAGUUCCCUUUCACUGUCCUCCUCUUUCUUCAAAUGGUUGCAAAGCUUUAUGAAAAUACAGAGAGACAAAUUUGGCAAAGUUGUGCGCAGACCGUGCUCUCUUUACCAAACUGUUGCAGAUAUACCUCAUAGACACUAGUGUUAGGAUGAUGUUAUAAUAGCGUAUGUCAUAAAUGAUUCACUUGCUCUUCUUCCUUAUUUUUUUUUGGUAACUGUAACUUUAAAACGAAACAAAUGUGGGGAAAAAAGCUUUACACAUUUUUAAGUUGUGAUUUGUUUGUAAUAGGUGGGCUAAAACCAAAAAUGAAAAAUGCUUGUCUUCUUCUAUGCUCUCUUUCUUAUUGCUGUAUUACUGUUUUCCCUGUGUUCCAUUUGCUGAGGAUUGAGGGAUUUUUAAUUUAAAAUCUUAUUUUAUUUUUUGGUCUCUGGGUCUUUUGAAGGGGUCAUUGUCCCUUUGUGGAUAUUUUUAUGGGAUUUGGAAACAUUGUUGGAAUGAUGCCAGAAUUUACUUGUUUCAGCCCAGAAUAAUACCAGCUUUUUUGAUCCAUUGAAUUCGUUUUAAAUCCAGCCACGUUUGUUUUUAAGCAUACUUUUAAUUUAAAGUCUUGUUUUGGUGUCCUUGCUUUCCUAUUAUAAUGCUAACAUUACAGUUACAUUAUCCAUACAGCAGUGCUAUAGCCCAGAUUUUAUGCAUGAGUAUAUUUACAAUUAGCUAGCUGUGUAAUGCAUUGUGAUUCUUAUUAUUAACCUUAUUGUCAUCCUCUCAUUUCAUUUCCGAUACUGUAUGCUAUACACACAGAGAACUUUGCGUUUCAUCUAGCAUUAGUAUGACCUUUGACCUGCUGAUAUAAAACUUGGGAACUUGUUUCCAUCUUAAUCAGUUUCAGAGGGUGAAGCAUCAGGGUUUACACUGAGAAGGGAUCCCAAGGUUUUCCAUGAGCUUCCGAGAGUUCAUAAGUCAAUUUCGUUCAUUUGUUGACUAGCCGUUCCUUUGAUGGUGACAGAUAAAUGCAACGUGAUGCACGGGUUAUACAAACGGGUUUGAACGAAUUGAAAGUGAGAAAGGAAAGGAUCGUUAGCCGACUGACAGUGAUUGCAGGCUUUCAUCGGCCGCAGCUUGGCUCUGCCCUGAUGUACUGAAAUGUAUUUUUGCCUGUUCAAGCUUUAGCGUGGUUCACUCCUGUACAUACCAGCUCCCAAACCUGAAAAUCUACACUGAGACUAGAGUUUUGAGGGAUAUUUGUUCAUUAAUGUUAUGACAUUUUCCAGUGGCUUAGCAAAAUAUUAUCAGUUUUAACCAACUGUUCAAUUAAAAACUACACCAAGCCCUACACUAUUAAUGCAAGGAACCCUUCAGUGAAUGAGAGGGUAGAUAUUUCCAGGUAGAAUUUAGUGUUAAUUGGACACAUAAAUGACACUCUCUGGGUUUAAUCAUGCAGCAGUCAGCAAUCAAACAACACAACAAGAGUGAGAGAAGAAAUGGGCCAACGAACAAAAUGAAUGUAAAAAAAAAAAGGAUGUUAAGAUUAACAUAAAAACCACAAAAUGAGAACAAUUCUAUUAGUAAGAGCAACCAACACUCUUAGUAAUUAAGUUAACUCUAUCCUACCAACUCACUCAAAAUGAUGUUACUUCAGUGUUUUCAAAAAUUCCCUCAGUGUUUUGUGUUUGUAUUAAACUUCAUGCAGUGUUAGUUAAAGGAAAAUCUAAGUGCAUUUAAGAGCACUUCCAGUCCUACUUACCUUCCAUAACUGAUUAGCUUUAGAACAUCAACCAACAUCUGUACUUAGAACAUAGAAAAUGUUGUUGUUUUGAGUGGAAUAUAGUUUGAAAAUGUAAAAAUGGGCUACAAAGUGCAUAAUUGCAUCUUUUGUAAGUUUUCUCUUUUUGAAUGGUGAUGAAGUUUUAGAUGCACUAUUUUCAGAUGAAUUUCGGUUAACGCCCUAAAGACAGAAAAACUGCUUGCAGUAAACCAAUAUUUAUAAAGUUUUGGAUGACCCAAUCACAAUUUAAACAGAGAUUUUUUUAAAUCGCUGGUGUGAAAACUUUCUUAUUCUUCAUUUUAAGAACAUGCUGCUUUUUUGUGGCUUAAUGUAGAACAUCCACAGAGGUGUAAUAGAAAUAUCUGUUGCCAUCCCAGUCAUGUCUAAACAGGCAUUUUGGCCAAAUGAGGAUCUUGUACACACAAGUUAUUAACUUCCACUAUGAUCAAUUGCCUCUUUCAGGACUUCAGGGGCUUGGUAUUAAACAAAUCAAAUUAAAUCAACUGGACAAAUGCAUUUAACUGCAUUUCCCACGUAGACAGGGUUACAGUUGGAACAAAACAAAAAAUGCUUUGAUUCCAACAUGUGCACAUAGUAGAGUGCAGCUCUCUGUCAGUUCUGGUUUCACCAAACUGCAUAUGAAUAACACACCGUCUUAAGUCAUUACGUGUGUUAUCACAAUGCCUUUUUUGCUUUUGUGUGUCAUUUCUGUACUGACUUGACGGCGUAUCAGUUUACACGGGAAUGUCAUAGAGAAGAAAAUGACAGGCAGAGUGAUAAAGCCUGUAGGAAGGAGGUGGAGGUGGAUGGAUAGGUCAAGCAAACACAGGACUUUCACCCCUAGACUGUCUGUGUCCCGUGGGAGACCAAAAGUUAACGUUAACUUAUUUUAACUUACGUUCUGACCUACCGGCUGGUUAAGAGGACUGAGGAAAUAGCAGUCACUGGCGGUAUAAAAUGGAGCAGUCAAUAAAAUUGUUUUAUUUUUUCAAAAUUGUGAACCACGAGAGGUCCUUGAGCAUACAGUCAUAAAUGUGCACACAAAAGAAAAUGUGUCCAGUAGCUGCGGGCGGAUACACACAUGACCAAACUCCUUACACCUGGAGGAGAUGACAACAGAGAGGGGUCAAAGGUCAACGUGGCAGAUCCAUGACAUGAAAUUUGAACAAAAUCACUAUCAGUCCACUUUUUAAAUUACUGUAGUCAUCUAAAGGUUUCUCAAGAGGCUACUCCUGAGCUAAACAUGUGAAUUGUAUUGGAUUAUUUAGUCAAGCAGUUUCCUCCCAAAACAUCAAAUUAUCCAAUCACACGCUCUCCCGCCAAAACUUCCCCUAAUCCAAAACAGUAUUUCAUUCCUUCCUUUUUACAGACUGUUUUUUCUUUUCUUUUUCUUUUCUGUUUUUUUUUUAACCAUUUGUUUUUCAUGUCAUACAGUAAUCACAACUCAAAUGAUGCAUUUUUAUUUUCUACAUUUGGUUGGAACAGAAAAAGAGAAGUGACUGAAAACUUGUGGUGUGGAAUAAAAUGAUGAUCAAACAUGAAGGAGAUAUUUGGAGAAUUAAUGUUGUUCCACUCUAUGUACAAAAAAGGAAAAAAAUCAAUAAAGAAAUCACAAUGGUCUUAUCCAUGUA